CAGCUCAGACCACUGUGUUCUGUUCACAAUUUCCAGCUCAUUCUUUGCAAUCACUACUUUUCUUUGAGAUUAAGUGAAAAAACGUUUUGCAUUCUUCUACAGCAGAAAAAGAGACUCACCAACACUUCAAUAACCUUUAUUUGUUCUAUAUUACUACACCAUCAUGUCUAGUGGGGGGCUGAAGAACAGAAAUGCUGAAACGCUGGAGGAUGUCAACACAGUCACAAAAGAGCUCAAGUUUCUUUACAAUAAGAGGCUGCUUCCCAUAGAAAAGCAAUAUGGCUUCCAACACUUUCACUCUCCCAGCUUUGAAGAUGCAGAUUUUGACAACAAACCGAUGGUGCUGGUGAUGGGUCAGUACUCCACAGGAAAGACUACUUUUAUCAGGUGACUAUAAGUUAUUUAAUCAAUUGUAAGGGGCUCAUGGUCCUAUGGCACAGAUACAAUAUUUGCCAUACAAAUGUCAUUCUUUAUAUGGUGUAUGUAUAUAUAUUGCAUAUCUCUUAGUGUGUGUGUGUGUGUGUUUUUGUUUGUGUGCGCGUGUGCACGUGUGUGUGUGUAUGAUAAAGAUAUCUCCUUGAGCAAGACUUUCCAGGUAGUCGUGUUGGUCCAGAGCCCACCACAGACAGCUUCACUGCCAUCAUGCAUGGGGAGGUAGAAGAACUGAUCCCAGGCAAUGCUCUGUCAGUAGACCCCAAAAAGCCCUUUCGCCACCUUAACUCAUUUGGAAACACCUUCCUUAACAGGUAAGAGGACAUCAUGGCAAAGUUAGUGUCUGUUGGCAAAAUACAUGUUUGAAUUGAGGUGCAGGGACAGGAAAAAAAAUUAUGCCAACAAUGUAAAUAAAGGAGUGGAUGGAAAACUGAGAAUAGGGAAAGAGAGGACAUGAGAAAUGAAAUGAAAUGGAGAAUGAAAGAGAGCUGCAUUAACUUGAGUUUUGGAAUGCUACCAAAGAGGACAAGCUUGGAAAUGUUAGUUAGAAUUUCAAUUUCAUCACAUACUGUAUCUUCGGUGAUGGUUGAAAAACAUGCGAAGUUUGAUGCAGACAGUCGAAUUCUUGUUUUCUCUUUCCCCUAGGUUCCAGUGUGCCCUGCUGCCAAAUCAGGUCCUGGAGAGUAUCAGCAUUAUUGACACACCAGGCAUCUUAACUUCGGCUAAGAGGAGAAUGAGUCGAGGUCAGAUGCAAGAAAGCUAAAUUGAAUGGGGGAUGGGAUGGAUAAGUCCUACUGUCCUAAUAUAUGAUUUCAAAUCAAUUGUUUGAAUUGAAAAACGUUUCAGUAGUCCAUGUAUUCUGCAUAUACUGUAUCCUGCUGGAAUUUUGACUUGUACGACGGGUGUUGAUUAAAAAACAAUAAUAACAAUUUGGAGGGUGCUUAUAUUUGUACAAGUGUGUUUAAUACACGUGUGAAUUGGAAAUGUGUUUUUGGGAUAUCCCAACUCUCCCUGAGACACCCUCGGUCCUCAGAGAGAGGGUGGGUCUUGAUUUGAAGCAGAAUGUAUGAUGUCAAUAAAUUACAAUGUAUUGAAUGGGAUGGGAGGACUGUGCAGAUCAUUUUUACUCUGUGGAGAUAUUAAUCCAUGGGUGGAGCUGCUAACUGCCACUCAAUCAAAUGAAAUAUUUUAGGUCCACUAGGCUUAAGCAUGUUGACUUAAUUCGUAGAGUUAUUCAAUUUCAGUGUUCUAUUUCUUUUAAUGGAUUAAUACAACUUCUGUGUUUUUCUUUCUUAAUUUAGGAUAUGAUUUCCCAGCAGUGCUGCGCUGGUUUGCAGAACGUGUGGACCGCAUCAUCCUUCUGUUUGAUGCACAUAAACUGGAGUUCUCUGAUGAGCUCACGCGUGCCUUUGGGGCUCUGCGUGGCUAUGAAGACAAGUUGCGUGUGGUACUGAAUAAAGCAGACCGGGUGGACUCUCAACAGUUAAUGCGAGUGUAUGGUGCUCUCAUGUGGUCACUGGGAAAGGUGUUUCGAACCCCUGAAAUACUCCGGGUUUACAUUGGCUCCCUCUGGUCACAGCCACGUCUGUUGUCUGACCACUGUCAACUGCUGGAGCUUGAGGAACUGGAUCUUUUGGCAGACAUCCGGAACCUGCCUCGAAAUGCUGCUGUACGGAAACUCAAUGACCUAGUUAAGAGGGCACGCCUAGUUAGGGUGAGGCACGUUUAUUGUCUCUAUUCAUUCGAUAUAAUUGCUCAUAAAUAAACAUAAAAAGUGUAUACUUGGAGAGCACUUGCACAGGCAUGUAUCUUCUUUAGUAUCUUGAGAUUUGGAUAUAAACAAUUAUGGACUCUUUUGAAACCAAGGCUCAGUGCUUCCCAUCUUUGUCCUCCUCACUCUAGGCCCAUGCACAUAUCAUUAGCCAUCUCAAGCAGGAGAUGCCCACAGUUUUCUGCAAGGAGAGCAAGAAGCAUAACCUGAUCUAUGAGCUUCCUCUCAUCUUCUCCAAGAUUCAACAGCAACAGCGAGUGCCAGCUGGUGACUUCCCUGACUGUGCCAAGAUGCAGGUCUGCUACCCUCCCAAGUUUGUUGCAUGCAUAUUUUGGUGGAUUACCUAUUCCAUUUACAGAGAACUCAUAAUUAGGGUCCUAUGUUUUGUGCAGUCAUCAUGUGACAUAGUAAUAUUUUAUCCUGUAUUUUAAGCCAUCCAGAAAUGAGAAUUACACAAAAAAUGUAAGCAAUUGUCUGACGAUGGUGCUGUACCAAAAGGGGACAAUUUAAUGAAAAAGGUUAAAAUAAAGGUUAAAAUACAGGCAUGUCACAUGAUUGCACAAAACACAGGGCCCUACUCAUAAUGGUUAUUGCUGAUGUGUUUACUACAGGAAACAGAAAGCUCUCCAGAUCUGUACAACUUGUAGAAAAUCAGACCAGUUGAUAUUGCUUCCUCAAAAUCAUGUUCAUAUGACUUUCCUGCUUUUUUCUAUUCUCAGGAACGGCUUAUGGGUCAAGAUUUCACAAAGUUCAAGACACUCAAGCCUAGCCUAAUGGCUUCCUUGGACAAGUUACUGUCCACUGACAUUGCGAAGCUGAUGUCUUUACUACAUCAACAGGAUCUGAGGAAGGCUUCCCUGCCAGGGAUACCGGAUGGAACCUUCUUUGAAACUGGCAGGUCUCUCAAGGGGGAUCCCUUUGAGCAAGUUACAAAGAGUGGAGAAAGCAGGGAAAUACAGAAUGAUGAGUGGGUGGUGACAAAAGAUAAACAAAAAUAUGAUGAGAUAUUCUACAAUCUCUGUCCAAAUGAGGGCAAACUGAGCGGCACUAAGGCCAAGGAGUGGAUGGUCAGCACCCACCUGCCAAACUCGGUACUUGGCCAUAUCUGGAGGCUGUCUGACGUGGACUGUGAUGGCAUGCUGGAUGAUGAGGAGUUUGCCCUAGCCAUCCACCUCAUUGAGGCCAAACUCGAGGGCCAUGGGCUCCCUGGAGAGCUGCCUGCCCACCUGGUGCCACCUUCAAAACGUUUGCAUAAAGGAUUAGAUGUUUAG